UCACGUAUUAAAAAAAAAUUUAAUUUUGAUUUUCGAUUUAUUUUUGUUAUUUAUACGUAUGGUUUUAUAUUAGUAUUAUUUUUACGUAUGUCGUAUAGAUAUUAUUUGUCUGACACUGACGUAUACAUUAUAAUUUUGUGAACACUUCAUUAUAAUUUCAAAGCUUUAAAAUAACUGGAGGUAGAAAAUGAGUGACUUUGAAGAUAAUCCAGUGAACAUCGGAGGUCCAGAUGUCAUAAAGAAAAGAAAACUUCACCGACAACAAAAAUUUCGACAAGAAUGGUGUUCUUUACCAGAGCUGAAAAACUGGUUAAUGCCGGAUAAAGAUCCGUUUAAAGCAGCUUGUAAACAAUGUAAGACUAUCAUGGUUGCUGAACUGACUAACUUGAAAUCACACGCUAAAAGUAUCAAACACAGACAAAUGGAAACUGCUGGUACAAUAAGUCAACGACCAAUGACAUCAUUUAAACGGACUAAUACAAACACACAACUUAAAUCUAAUAUUCAACAAGCUGAAAUUAAAUUGUCUGCAUUCAUAGCUGAGCAUAAUAUUCCUUUAUGUGCUGCUGACCAUUUACCUGAUUUAUUAAAAAAAUGUUUUCCUGAUUCAAAAAUUCUUCAAGGUAUAAAUAUGAAAUUAACUAAAACAAGUGCAAUAGUUAAAAAUGUAAUUGGUGUGACAGCAAAAGAAGAGCUAUCAGACAUGUUAAGGGCAUCCAAAUUUAACAUAACAGAUGAGUCUACAGAUAUUCCAUCUUAACAUCAUAUGUUGUUGUGAGAUGCAGAAAGGUUUUACAAACUGCAUCUUGCGAAAAAAAAAUAUAUAACAUGAAUGAUGAACUAUUAUCAAAACUAUCAAUUUUAAAACCACAAAAUGUGCUUUCAUUAGCAUACCUAGAAACAUAUCUGACAUUACUUCCACUGAUUAAAGUUGUACCUAGAUUCAACAAAUUGAUGACCAGUGGAGAAAUUACCAAUAGCAUUAGCAAAACAUCCAGAUGAAGAUUUCAUUAAUUUACCAGUGGAUACAUUUUGGCAAAUAAAAUUAUUUUAAUUUUCAUAAUAUUUUUAGUUAAAACAUUUUGUGCAGUAUAAAUAUAUAUUAAUAUAUAUAGUAAUAUGUAUUGUUUAAAAUAUUAUCUUUGUCAAAGUUGAGAUUUUAAAAUUUAAUAUAUUAAUCGGAAACUUAAUUAACU